AUGCCCUAGGACAGCCCCAGUUUAUAUUUAUGAUUCAUAUUCCUAUCCUUUAGACUAAAGAAAACCCUAAAAACUCAGCUGCCUAUACAUUACACACACACUAUUUUAGUUUACACAUCUUCAAUAAACACUAUUUGAUUUGGGUUUGCUUCCAAAUUCUUUUCUUUUUCUUGUUUUUUUUUUUUUUUCAAUUUCUUGAAUUUGGAAUCCCCUGUUUCUUGAUUUCAGUAAACAAAUAUUAUAGACUAUUGAACACUGAGCAGAGCAUUUCCCAGAAGAAGAGGCAGCAAGAGAGAGCUAUUCAACAGUUUAAAAAAUGGGUAGGAAUCUCAGUCCAAUUCUUCGGCAAGAAUUGGCAAAUCUGGACAAAGAUGCUGAUAGUCGUAGAUCAGCAAUGCGAGCACUGAAAUCAUAUGUGAAAGGCUUGGAUUCUAAGGCAAUUCCAAUCUUUCUUGCCCAAGUUUCUGAAACCAAAGAAACCGGUUCUUUAUCUGGGGAAUACACUAUCUCACUCUAUGAAGUUCUUGCCCGUGUCCAUGGAGUCAACAUCGUUCCUCAGAUUGAUAGCAUCAUGGCUACCAUUAUCAAGACCUUAGCUUCAAGUGCAGGGUCUUUUCCUCUUCAACAAGCAUGCUCCAAAGUGGUACCAGCAAUUGCAAGAUAUGGCAUUGACCCGACAAUGGAGGAGGACAAGAAAAGGCAUAUAAUUCACUCUCUUUUUAAGCCUCUUUCACAAGCUCUCUUGGGUUCGCAGGAAAGCCUUACUUCUGGGGCUGCUCUUUGCUUAAAGGCUCUUGUAGACUCAGAUAACUGGAGGUUUUCUUCAGAUGAGAUGGUGAACAGGGUCUGCCAGAAUGUAGCUGUUGCUUUGGAGGAGAAAUGCACCCAGACUAACUCGCAUAUGGGCUUAGUCAUGGCUUUGGCUAAGCAUAAUGCUUUAAUAGUUGAAGCAUAUGCAAGAUUGUUGAUACAAUCUGGAUUGCGAAUUUUGAAUGCAGGUGUUCUAGAGAGUAAUUCUCAAAAAAGGUUGUCUGCAAUUCAAAUGGUCAAUUUCUUGAUGAAGUUUUUAGAUCCAAGAAGCAUUCUUUCAGAGGUUGACUUGAUAAUUGAGGAGAUGGAGAAGUGUCAGUCCGAUCAGAUGGCUUAUGUGAGUGGGGCUGCUUUUGAAGCUUUGCAAACUGCCAAAAAAAUUUCCACAGAGAAAGGAUCAAAAUUCGAGAAGAGUUCUAGUUCAGUUACUGGCUCAAACUUUGGUAGAAGAGACCACAAAGGAAGGACUGAAUUUAGUGCUGGAAAUCAUUCUCCAGCAACUAUAUCAUUAUCACCUGAAUCACAGACACUUGAUUCCUUUAUUGAAUCACCUAUUUCAACUGCUGAGAUUUCUCACAAUGUGGAGUUUGACCGCCAGAGUGUGAACCGAAAACUCUGGAGAUAUGAGAAUGGAGUGGUGGAUGUAUCUCUAAAAGAUGGUUUGCUUUCAGAUUUGGCUCAUGGAAGUCCAAUCCAUGAUGCAUCAUCUGGUCACUCUGGGAAAUAUGAACUUACUGAAAAUGCAGGAGAUCACACAGGAGAUUUUUCAGGGUUCUUGCCAAGAACUCCUAGAAAUGGACUAAGAAGUACCACUCCCAGCCCUCUGGUAAUUGUUCUGAUACAUAGGUCACGUUCUCAUACAAAUGUUGACAACAUUAACAUCUUCACAACUCCAAGAAAGCUCAUUCACUUUCUUCAGGACCCGAAUGAUGUGGAUUCAGACUUCUCUGAAAAACUAAGCAAAAAGUUUAGAAGUCCAUACUUGAGUAAAUUUGAUUAUAGUCCAAAUAUGAAGUUGAAUAGAAAUGGCUUUCAGCAUAGUGUGGGAUAUGAGGUUGAAGAUAAUAGAAACUCGUGUACUGGUGAGGAGCAAUUCCAAGACACUUCUGAGUCAGUGUCAUCAACAGAUGAUGCUCCAGGUGAUGCUGAUGUGCAAGUGUCCCCUGAAGUGGUUACUACAAAUAAAGAUGAUACUUCACGAUUUCACAAUAGAAAGAGCCAUUGGAAGAAUUCUUAUAGGUUGGUUGUCAGUCUGUUUUUUGCUCUUCUUGCAGUUUUUACCUCAUUAAUGUGGGCAGAUGAUCAGAAAGAAGGUCAAUAUCUUGUUCCAACUUAAUUAAUUCGUUCCUGUAUCAAAAUAUUUUAGCACUGCUUUAGGUCACCGUUGAGAAUCCUCUGUUUUUUUUUGUACAAUGUGUAGUCAUUCCAACAAUUAGUUGGAUGUUUAAUGUGCUUUAUGUAGAAAAUUUGUUUAGCUUGUCUGAACAUGAUCUCUCCUUUUAGAUGUUUGAAUGUAUUUUGAGAUGUUAUGUUCAAGUUUAAA